CCUCGAAAAACGAAGCUGCACCCAAGACCUACUGUUGAUGUAUGAUUUUGAUUCACAUGUCCCGCUGAUACUUUUCUUAUGCCAUAUUCUUUUGGACUCAUGAAAUGAUUGAGCGAUUGGCCAAAUUCCUGAGCAUUUGUAACGGUGUCAACUUACCUGGCAUAUGUUCCUUUCUAUUACUCAUGUCCUUAUAACUUCUUUUUCUUCUAUUAUUCAUGAUUCUUUGUACCUUUCCUUGAUGGUCGCUGUCGAGCUGAAGUGCACCGUUACCGAUGCCUACGUAUACCAAGAUGUCCUGUUAUUCUUUCCCCCUUUGCACAGGAAGCCCAUCCAUGUGGAAUAUGAUCAGGGGAUGCAUGUUAUUAUAUUACCUUUUUUGGUGUCUGUUUCUUCUCUCGCAACAUAUCCUCUGUUUUCCAAAGACGAUAUGAUAUCAAUUGAUGCGAAUAUACGCCGACUAGAGUCUAGGUUAUAUACCUAGUCGUUUACUAGAUGCACAUCUCAAUAUUUGAUAUU